AUGUUCUCGAGCUUAUUCUUGGUCUUUGGUGUGCUGGCGCUGGCGCAGGCGGUCCAGUUUAACGUUACUGUUGGUGGAGGACCAUUAAGAUAUGAUCCACAGUUUGUUAAUGCAAACCCUGGAGAUACAAUCAUCUUUACUUUUAAACAAUCCAACCAUACGGCUUCCCAAUCUACUUUUGCCCAGCCAUGUGUGAAGGCGUCCAAUGGAUUUGACUCUGGCUACAUGCCAGUAUCAUCCAGUAAUACGGAUGGUCCGUUCCCUGCAGCACAAUAUACGGUGCAGGACAUGAACCCAGUCUGGGUGUACUGCAAACAAGCCAAUCACUGUCAGCAGGGCAUGGUCUUUGCCAUCAACCCAGGUACCCAGUUUGCUGCAUUCCAAGCAGCCGCCAUGGGCAAUACCACUGUUUCUUCACCCUCGUCUGUCUCGACGACUGCAACCGCGACUACUCCCACCGGAAUUGUCACUGCUACUGCAACCAUCACUGGAGGGGGUUACACUGUGACUACAACUUACGGCUCGUUCCCUGGCAGCUCGGCACCAACGAGCGUAACAAGCACGGAUCAUAAGGUUGUUGUUGGCGGCUCGACCCUGACGUAUACUCCAUCGAAUAUUACUGCACAGAUUGGAGAUACAGUAACCUUCCAAUUCAUGCAAAAAAAUCACACCGCAACGCAGAGUACGUUUGCGGAUCCGUGCCGCGCGCUUACUCUCACAUCUACGAGUGGACAAGUUGGGUUUGAUUCUGGAUUCAUGGCCGUUGCAUCUGAUGCGACAACAUUCCCCACGUAUACGGUCAAAAUCAAUAAUACUGCACCAAUCUGGGUAUAUUGUAAACAAUCUGGACACUGUGGGCAAGGCAUGGUGUUCUCUGUGAACGCGGUCGAGUCUGGACCCAACAACUAUGCUGCAUUCAAGGCGCAAGCGAUCCGGCUCAACGGGACCUCAUCCUCGACCACGACCACGAGUACGGGAGUACAAGCUACACAAACGAAAUCGGGUGGUGUGGCGAAGAUGAAUGAUCGUGGGACCAGGGUCUUGGCAAUUGGCCUUGUUAGUGUGGUGGCUGGUAUGUUCCUGGCGUGA